GAUGCUUAUGCGAACUCUUCUGCUUCAUGAAGGUUUCCUCAUUGCCCUGGGAUUUACACGAGAGAGCAGAUAGAGGCAUGGAAGGUGGUGGACGCCGUCCAUGCCAAGGGAAGCAUCAUCUUUUGCCAAUUAUGGAAUGUUGGCUGGGCUUCUAGUCCUGUGUACCAACCUCAGGGUGCAGCUCCGAUAUCGUCGACGGAUAAACCGAUAUCUGGAAGAUGGAAAAUAUUAAUGCCUGACGGUUCGUACGGCAAGUACCUGAAGCCCAGAAGGCUUGCAACUGCAGAGAUUCCAGAUAUAGUCCAACAAUACCGUCAAGCUGCGCUAAACGCGAUCGAAGCAGAGAUUCCAGAUAUAUUAAUGGUGAAUGCAUUCCCCAUCAUCGUCAUGUUCGGCAUGUGCUCCAUAUUCCUUUUCAUGGCCUCAAUCUUGCAGAGGCGUCUAAUGGUCAUCGCAGAUCGCCCCAAAUCAAAGCCACAAGAUUGGACUGCUUUAAGGGAGAUGGAUGGUGAAGAGGAGCUGCUGUAUGUCUAAACUAAAGUCCGAACUCAUCAGAGCUCUCACGCCGCAACGAUGCAAUCCAAUGCAUCGUUUGGAAUUUUUUCGAGAUAAUAGAUGUUUAACGUCGUUUAGAAUUUAUUAUUGUUUGGUUGGAAUUCAAACAAACAUUUUGUAGUUGAAACUCAUAUAUGAAAUUUAUUUUUAAUAUUGCAACUGUGAUUUGUCGCAAA